UACUUGUAGUCUCCCUUUUUCUUAUUUUAUUUCUUCCUUUAUUCUCACUAGGGCUUUUCUCUUUCAUUUUUCAAUUUCUCUCCUCCUUCGAUCUCUCAGCUUACCCUAAGAUGGACAAAUCGUCGCUCGAUGUGGAGCAGCCACACUCCAUGGGAACCACCAUCAUCGGCGUCACUUACAACGGCGGCGUUGUUCUCGGCGCCGACUCCCGUACCAGCACUGGAAUGUAUGUGGCAAAUAGGGCUUCAGAUAAGAUCACUCAGCUCACUGACAAUGUGUAUGUUUGUCGCUCUGGAUCGGUAUAGUAAUUUACCUAAUGAAGAGAGGGAAAAAUGUCCAGUAUACAAGCAGUUACCAAAAAGUAGAGAACCUGGAAAUAAUUGAACAUCCUUUUGCUUG